UGUCCCACAGAGGCGCGACUCCGCCGGUGCGCACCUGUUCUCCUCUUGUGCCAUGACUGAGGGAUUUACCGAGUGUGACCUAACAUGUUCGUCUCCUACUCCUUCGGUGGAGACUUUAAAUGCCGUGAACCACCUGAAAUUGGAGCCAGAGCAGCCCAUUUUCUCCGUGCUGACCGGCGGUAUGAAGGAGCAGGAGAGGGGGGAGGCGCACAUCGCAGUGUCCCAUCCGACCACCUGCGGCGCCACCUCACCCACCGCCGCCUCCGACACCGAGUCCGGGGUUUUCUCCGUUGAGAGCGAACUUUGCGCGGAGCACGACUUCGAGCUGGACUGGUUCUGCGGAACCGAGCAGAAACUCAUCUGUUCCCGCUGUGCCACCGCGGGCCCCUGCCGGGAGCACAGCGUGGCCCCGCUGGCCCGCAGAGUCACAGCAGUCAGGAACCAACUGGUGGAUGUGUGUGAAAAAAUCCAGCUGCAGGCCCUGAGGAUCGAGAAGUUCAUCAAGCAAACACUGGAUGCCAAAGAGCAAAAACUGCAGGCAUCGGCGAGCAGAGCGAGGGAGCAGGUGCUUGCCCAGGUCAGCGCUGCGCGUGAGGCCUUGGAGGAGGAGGAGCAACGCCUCCUGGAACAGGUGCAGAGGGAGGCGGAGCGGGUGGAGCAGUGCCUCCUCACCCAGAGAGCUCACUGGAACAACGCUCUGACAAGUCUGUCACAAACACGCUCCCACUUGGUGCACACGCUGACGCACGCUGCAGACGCACAGCUGGUGACCAGCAUUCAGGAGAUCAGUGAAAGGGCGGAGGAAGCUGAGGGGGUCGGGGAUCCCUGUGACACCAAUCAGCUCAACCUGAACCCAGCCUGUACCGACAGCAAGCUGCUAAGGGGCCUCUGGGCCACUGCUCUCCUUCUGGGGCCCAACGCUUAUGGAUCACCUCUGUUAAAGUUUGACGAGCGCACAGUCAGCCCACUCCUCUCCCUCUCUGAAGACCUACGCACUUUAACCUUCAUCUCAAAGAAGCCCCGACAGGCUCCCCCAUACGACCCAGCCCGGUUCGAUUCUUGGCCCAAUGCUUUGGGAUCUCUAUCCAUGUCCUCUGGUACGCACUGCUGGGUGGUGGAUGUUGGAGAAAGCGGCGCCUUUAAGGUCGGAGUCUGCUAUGCUAACCUGGAGAGGAAAGGUUCUGGGAACGAGGCACGACUGGGCCACAACAGCCAGUCAUGGGUUCUGUCCCACUAUGACCUCGACUACUCCUUCUGCCACGCAGGAAAGAAGGUGCCACUGACAUUGAUUAAGCGACCCCAGAGGAUUGGCCUGCUACUGGACUGGUUGAGCCAGACGCUUCUGUUUUACGAGCCCGACUCUGGCACCGUACUGUACUCUGUCACUCACCCCUUUAGUGCUCCGCUGCUGCCUGCGUUUGCUGUGACCGACCGCAGUAUCACCAUCCUGCACCGAUAAACUGAAUUCAUGCUGAAAGAAAUGACAGGCAGACACCCCUGCAUUACAGAAACAUAUAAUAUAUGCAGAUAUACAAGAACUCUGUGAAAUAUUGAUAACUUCCAACUGCAUCAGUUUUUAUUUAUUAAUUUUAUUAUUUUUUUUCAAAUGUGAUAUCACUUUUAAUAAUUUGCUAGCUUUUAUUAUUUUUAUAUCUUGAUUAUGUUACACAGUUGUGCCAUUUUGUAAUUACCUUGACUAAAACAAUAAUUUUAAAUGGAAAGAAUAUAUUUGUUUCUUUUUGAAAGACAGAAAGAAGUUCAUAAUAUGUUAAACCUAUAAAGUUUAUAGAAAAGAAAUGACACCAGUUGAUCUACGUUUUACGAAAUCACAAAAAAGUUGACUUAUUACUGCAUUUUAAAAAUUUUAGUAAAAAUAUAAGCGUGUUUGCUAUAUGCUUAGAAGAAUGGUUAUUUUUUUGAAUCUGUUUAUUACUUUUUUAACUGAGAUAUGUCAAGAGAUGAUAAGCUGCAGUUUAUUGAGUGAUAUUAGAAGGGUGCAGGCUUUGGUUUGUACCUCACACAAAGGUUAUAAACACUUAAAAUACAAAACAGUAAGAAAUAAUCAGCAAAGGAGUGUAUAUUUCAAUUGCAGCAAAACAGAUACCAAAAUGAGCAUCCAUAUUAUAACCUGAUCAGGCAAUGAUAUUUUAAAGCAUUCCAAGGCCCUAAACAUUUCCUUUUUUAUUUUUGAACCAGAACUUUGAAUGUAAUGUGUUGUGGCGACAGCCAAACACCUCUGUUUUUGGCUGUCGGAUAAUUGUUAGGUAAAAGGCCAGUGAUGGCUUUUCUCUUUUUUUAAAUAAAAAGUUCAUAAAUACGGCUUGCCUCUGCAUCCACCCACUCUACAAUGAAACCUCCUAAAAGCCCCAAUUCAACAAAGUGAAUUAAGAAACUGUUGCUUUGUUCAAAAGACCAAAAUACACU